CCCUCCCUCUUGGACGGAGCCAGGCUGAACGCAGAGCUAAGCUGGGAGCGCCUCGUCCUGGAGCAGCGUGGGGGAGACACAGGGGAAACUCUAGGGAACUCUGAGAGCCAACUGCGAAGCACCUGACCCAACCCAAGCUCUCAAGUCAGCCAGCCUCAGCAUGGGGGCUUCUUAUGGCAAGAAAAAGGCGUAUAACCUGGAGCAACAGAGUGCGAAAAGCGGAAGGCCGAUGAAUGGCGUGGCCUCAGCUUAUGCUGAUAUCCAGUGGGAACAGCCUCAUCAGCCUGAUGGGCCAUGCAGGGACCCGCUGCGUUACCCACACAGGGACAUUCUCCCCGUGGCCAGCUACGCCCCCCAGCCGGAUUAUAUGGAAGGGGACGAUGAUCUCAUCAAGCCCAAAAAGCUGAUUAAUCCAGUGAAAGCCUCUAAAAGCCACCAGGAGCUUCACCGAGAGCUGCUCAUGAACCACAAACGGGGUGUGGAGAAUAAGCCGGAGCUCCAGCGCGUGUUGGAGCAGAGGAAGAGGGAGCAGAUGAUCAAACAGAGGAAGCUGGAGGAGGAGGCCAGGAGGAAGAUCUCCCCAUUGGAGCAGGAGCUCCUCAAGAGGCACAAAAAGCUUGAGGAGCUGGAGCGGGAGCAGGAACGGCAGGAGGAGUGCUCCCGCAGCGCUCCGGAGUUCAUCAAGGUCAAAGAGAAUUUGAGGAGGACAUCAUUCACAAGCUCCGGAGAGAAGGAGGUGUAGAGUGGAAGAAGCUCAUGGAUAUGAGCUAAUAACGUAGAGAUCGACCGCAGCCGUCUUCAAAGCUGUGCUUCUCUCUAGCUCUCUCUGUCUCACUCAAAAAUAGCUCCACUGGACUAAACACUCACCUCCCCAGAAAAGAUUCAAAAGAUUCGGAAGCAACGUGGAACGUGACUCAUCGAGAAAGAGAGAGAGGCUUUCCUUUACUCCAAGUUGUUUCAUCCACGAUAGAUGCGACGGUGUCCGGAGAUGAACUUUCGGAAGACACUGUGAGUGUGAACGGCGGACGGUUGUCUCCUGGCAACAAAUGGAGUGACCAGGGUUCCAGAGAGCCACUGGUUUGAGAGAGAGGUGCAAAGGCAGAAGUGUCUUUUAUUAACCUCUAAUAUCUUUAUGUACAGGCAAUCAGAAAACUCUAUCAGUAUUAAUGCAAAUCGUUGGUCUCACAACUGCCAAGUAUACAGCAUGUCCCAUACACAUGAAAACAAAAUAACAGCUAUGUAACGUAACACAAUACCAACUAUGUAAAAACAAUCGGCGCAGGUCACUUUUGCACCCAAUCAGAACCACUAAUACGAGUGAAACUGCUAUACUGUGCAAAAGCCAGAAACCACCCUUCAGUCAAAAUGACCAUUAAGUACAAGUUACUCAUUUUGCAGAAUCAACAACUAAAUAUAAGAUCAAGUUUUUUUGGUAUGUAGUGUUAUUACAGCGUCCACUGGUUUUGGGAGACUUGCUUUCAGUUUCUGCAGGGAUAUUUUUCCACACCUCCAAAGUUCAGUCUUAGAAGUUGGUUGCAGGUUUGCUUGUCAUGAUCCAAGUAAUCCUAAACAAAUUCAAUGAGGUCUGGACUUUGGGAUGGCCACUCUAUUGUUCUGAGAACACCAACACCUUCUUUGUUUGAUUCCUCCUUGUUCCAUUUCUCAGUAAGGGCUUCUUGACGGCUACACAUCCUACACAUAAAGCAAAAGUGGAGCUUGAUUUUCUCCUCUCUUUCAAAAAUGAAAGCUUGCAGUGCAUUUUAUCUGAGGUGGACAGUUUUGGUGGUCUACCAGGUCUUGCAUGGUUGUUAGGAGUCCCAUUAUUAAAAGUGUCUUUUAAUAAUUUUUUUGGAAACUGCCCUUUCCGUUUAACAUAUUUUGGUCACACUUUAUUUUGUUGGUCCACUGUAGAUGCUUUAUAGAUAAUCAGUCUGUCUUUAACAUUAACAUUCAACUAAACAUCUAUUAAAUUCAACUGAUCUUGAAGUUGAGUGUGAUAGGUUCUAUAGGUUCUUCUAUUAAGAAGUUGGUCACACUUUUUGCUUCUCACGAUCCAAGUAAUCCUAAACACAUUCGGUCUGGAUGCCUUACUAAGUCAUAGGCACGACUUAAUUAUCUUGUUCCCAUGCCUUACUAAGUCGUGGCCACAUAUUAUUUUUUAUUUAUACAGGAUGUCACCAGUGGGGCUCUGUAAGUAUCUGUAAAUCAUCUGUAAAUAAAGCGUGACCAACUAUAUUAACUUAAUCCACCUUCUUACGCAUAUUUUAUAUCGAAUCUCCUCAACUGCAUCACCUGAAAAUGAAUAACUUGUCCUUAAUGGCUGUUUUUACAGGAAAUUAAAUAACCAAAACGUGUUCUCUGACUUUUGCACCGUACUGUCCAUAUCUGUCCACUAAGAACAGACAAGUGCUGAGAAAACCUGACUUUUGCUGUGAUAAUUAAUUGGCGAUUGUGAAGUAAUACGACCACCUUCAGAAAAAUACAUAACCAUCGGCACAAGUCACUUUUUCUUUAAAACCACUAUGUUUUUUCACCAUUUUAUAAAAAGAAUGAAAGCGCAUGUAUCAUGUAUGUGCAAGACUUGUCCGCUAUAAGUUGACACGUGCUGAGAUAAACCUAAUCGUUACUGUGAUAUCAUAAUGAACCAGUGAUGGUCUUGCUAUUGCACAGUGCUUAUCACUUUACAGCAGGAAAAACAAAAGAAUGUAUUUUUUGUAGAGACAGGGUGGAGCUGUUUUGUUCGUCUCUGCUCUUUCCAGUGCCUUUGUGAGAGCAAGCAGGCCUGACUGUUACUGCAUUUCAAUCAAUAUUACGCAAGAUGUGUUCUUUGUUAUCCUAGAUGGCUGAAUACUGUAGCGCAUAGCUGCAUACGGAGUGCGUGCGAGUAUGUGUGUGUGUAUGUGUGAGAGGAGAGUGAGAAAGAUGCAUUUUCCAGCUGUUAAUUACAAUCGGAAAUUAGGAUAAUCAAUCACUGGUAGAAGCUCACACUGAUCUAACUGACUACAAACUCAUAUGUACAAGAAAAACCUACAGCUUUCGUUUUUCUUCUUAAUUUUUUCUGACACUUUGUCAAUAUUUUAGUAGCACUUAUCAGAAUUAUUUGAUUGACACACUAUGGAUUAAAGCACAAAUACAGUUGCUUGCAAAAGUUUGUACGCCCCCGGUCAAGUCACGGUUUGUUGAUUGAGCAUAUGUUUCUUUACAGGGAACCAACUUAAAUAUGGUAUUUUUCUGCAAAUGUUUUGCAUAGAACAGAAAACAUAGAAUGUGCCAUAACUUUUGCACAGGCCACAUUUUAUGUUUUUUUUUAUUUUUUCGAUAUGUUAAAUCCAGCAAAUGAACAGUAAUUGUGCAUUAAAAUGUUUAGAAGUGUGUCCUCUGUAUAGAGUGUGUGCUUAUGCUCGUAACACAUAGUGUGACCGGGGCCCCUAAACUUUUGCAUACGAUUGUAUAAUUGGAUUUUGCCUUUAAUGAUCUCUAAAGCCAUUUAAAAUAACAAUCAAUAUGACAAAUCUGACAUGUGUUUGUACUGGUAUUCUGAUUUCAUGUCGUUAUUGUUUUUGUUUUUUUUUGGUUUCAUAACAUUUCAGUAGCUUUAAAUCAACAAGGGAAGGCACAUAUACUUUGCUGUAAAAAUGACAAAAGAAGUGUUAUAACUUUAUAUAAAAAUAAACUGGGACUAAUAUUGUAACACAA